CCUUUCCUCCUUCUCCCUGCUCCCACCCACAUCUCCACCUCCACCUUCCUCUCUCUUCCACCCCACCGAGCUUCUCCCGGCGGAGCUACCUGAGCUGCCACGACCCCAUGGCAACCGCAGGUGCCGACGACGCGGUGGCCGCCGACAUCAUCUGCUCGCUGCGCGGGGCCGACCUGGCCGGCUGGACGCCGCCGUGGCGGAACCGCGCCAACGAAACUGCCGACUUGCCACCAGCCGCACCAACGGCGCCCGCUGAACUCUCCUGGCCGGCCAUGGCGCGGGGGAAGCGGUCGCGCCGCCGCUCGCCGUCGGCGUCCGCGUCGGCAUCCGCCGCGAAGAGCACCAGGUUCUCCGCGCGGUCCAGCCCGGCCUCGCCGCUCGACUACAGCGCCGGCUCCGUGCGCUCCGGCGCCUCCACCAGCGGCGGCGAGGACGGCGCCUUCUGCUCGCCCUGGCACCGCCGCGCCGUCACCACCGCGCACACCACGGCGACCACGAAGGUGGGCUCCAUCGGACGGCCACAGUUGACCUUCCAGGCCCCGCCGCCGCGGCCCGCCGGUCAGAGGCAACGCAAGAAAAUGAGGCUGCCGGAGGUCCAGCAGCUGGUGCGGUCUCUCGCGGUGGAGAACGAGAGCCUCCACGAGGAGAUGCGGGCGCUGCAGAGAGCUUGCUCCGCACUGUCAAAGGAAAAUGACAAGCUUGAGACAAGAAUAGAGCAAUCCAACUCACAGAAAGAAACCGCAUUGAAGGAGCAGAAAGGGAAGCAACCGCUUGACCAGCAGCCCCCACACGACAGCUUCGCGCUACCAGAUCUCAACCUUCCAGCACAGGACAAUGCGGACAGCUCCUCAGUUCAUUGCUGAGCCCCCAGAUUAGCACGGCUUCGCUAACACAAAUAACAAAGUGUACAUAGAGCUAGCAGUCUAGCUAGAUGGCGGGCACGGAGGUGUCAUUUAAAGAAAAGAAUGACACAGAUUUUAUAAGGUUCCAGUAGAAUUUACAGGUUAAGUGGCUCUGUCCUAAAGUGACAAACUCAGGUUGUAGCUAAACGAAAUGACUAAUUUAGCUCAUCUGAUGAUUGCUUUACCACCAGUUAGUAGCGCUUCUAUAUUUCAUAGAGCUGAGGGAAGGUACAGCUCAAACUGAUUUUCACACUGUGUAGAGGAUUUAGAUGAGUUUAUUCAUGUUACUUUGUUCAGUGAAAUGUUAUGUGUGAAGAUUUGGUCA